AUGGAAGACUUUGAGGAGAAAAUAAAAAGGGAAUAUAGGAACGGCUAUUUACCGCAAGAAAUUGUCGAGAGGUACAUCCAAAUGGCAGGAGAUGAUGGUUUGAUAUUGGACCAAGAGUUGAAGAAGCUACCAGCGCGAAUUACACUUAAAGAUUUGAAAGACAAGUUGACAGAAUUUAGACGCAAUAGUUUUUUGCAUGGAUCGUUUGAAUCGCUUGACAAUGAUGUUGUGUAUACUAUAAAAGAAAAUCACAAUAAUGCUACAAAUUGUGAUGACACUUCUCACUAUAUCAGCAAAAUUAAAAACAAAACAAAUGGUAUCCUGGGCAGGGAACAAACAAUGUACCACAGCUUUGAUGACAAAUUUAAUAAUGAGAAAAAAGAACAGCGGCUCAGAAACGUUCUGAACGCAUAUUACGAGUAUGAGAUGAUGAAGAUGAAUAAGGUACGAGAUGAACAACGCGGAAAGAAUCGUAUAUAUAUCAUAAUAGGCUCUUUUAUUGCUUUUGGGCUAUUUCUGAUUGUAUUGGUACUGCUUCUUGAUUUUUUAGAGAUAAAUAAACCGUAUUAAAUAUUGGUAGGUGAGCAAUAAAUUCGUAUGGCAGCUCUGCGGAUCGCAAUGCCACAUAAUUAUUUUCAACAUUUAUAGGAAGUAUUUGAAGCGCAAUGACUUACUCAAAGCUUCUUCAUAGAAAUACUAGCAGUGCUACUUCCAUUUAUAAAACGGAGGAAAGUUAAAUUACCUGUGAAAUGAUAUUACCCUCAUCUAAUAUGCCAUGUUGUAAUUUUAA